AUGAGUGUUCAUCAUGGACUGCGGUUACGGGGAGAUGAUGAGAGCUGGGCAUUGUUUACCCAUGUGAUGAAGGUAAACAUACCCCCAGAACUGCUAAAACUGAGAAGGGAAAUUGUGAUAAGAUGUGGGGGCUUGCCACUGGCGAUUGUAAGAUUGGCAGAUGUUCUGUCACAGAAGGAUGCAGACAUUGAUGAGUGGUCCAGUGUGCUUCAGCAACUUGACCAAGACCAAGAACAAGUUUGGUCCAAGGCCUUAUCUAAAAUCAAUGAGGAUUUGCCCCUGUACAAGCAGCGUCGUCUCUUUUAUUUUGGAUUGUUUCCUAAAGAUUAUGAGAUCCCGGUAAGAAGGUUGAUCAUGUUAUGGGUUGCAGAGGGCUUGGUGCAGCCAGAGGUUGAGAAUGAAGAUCCAGGAGAUGUUGCAGGGAGGUGUUUGAUAGAGUUGAUAGCUGAGGACGUGGUUCAAGUGACAAAGAAGAAGCUUGAUGGGAAUGUGAAAACAUGUCAUCUGCCCUAUGCCCUACGGCGACACUGGUUGUCAAAAGCUCAGCAGGCCACAUUUGUUCAGGUUUAUGCCAAGACAAGAUCGGAGUUGUCCAUAAGCACUGGUUUAGUCCGCCGCCUUGUUGAUCAUCUUGACAAAGAAGAUUUCAGCUUUGAUCACAUCCAUGGUCACAUCCAUGUUGUAGUCACAUCCAUGGUGACUACAACAUUGGAUUUGAAGCAUACUUACAUCAGCACUCUUCCUAGUUCAAUUUGGAAGAUGCAGCAUCUAAGACAUUCGCUCUUAAGUGAGAGUUACCGGAGUAGAUUUACGCUUCAACCAAGAGUUUGUUCUCUAAUAGCUCUUCAAACCUUGUGGGGACUGUUUGUAGAUGAGAAGACUCUGGUGAAGGGUGGCCUGGACAGGUUGGUGAAUGCUAGAAAAUUGGGACUGGCAUGCCGGUUAAUGCCAUCCCAACAGCAGACAAUGUUAUCACAACUGGAGGCAGUGGCUAACUGGGUUCUAAAAUUGAAACAUCUUCAUACUUUAAGGCUGAAAUCGGAUGAUGAAUCGAAUCAACCUUGGGAUCUAGACUUGAAGCCUUUAUCUGGCCAUGUCAAUCUCUCUAGUAUCUACUUGUUGGGAAGGUUAAAGAACCCAUCUAUUGUAUCUGAGUUCCCACGGAAUCUCUCUGACCUUACCCUAUCAGGGUCAGGACUAAUGGAAGAUCCAAUGCUAAAAUUGGAUAAGCUUCCCAACCUAAAAAUUCUUAGGUUGUUAGCCAAAUCCUAUACAGGAAAGCUCAUGCUCUGCCCCUCAGGAGGCUUUCCACAGCUUCGAGUUCUUAAACUAUGGAAGCUAGAGCAACUGGAGGAAUGGAAUGUUGAGGAAGGAGCACUGCAGGCUCUGAGAGAUUUAGAGAUAAGGUCCUGUAUAAGGUUGAAGAUGCUUCCCAAAGAAUUGCUACAUAGGAGCUUGUUGGAAUUGAAGUUGACAGACAUGCCUAGUCAGUUCACUGCAUAGGAUUGAUUGCUUAGCA